AUGACGAAGAAGAGGGACGAUGAAAGUCAACAAUGGGUUAUCGAAAUCCUAACAACAAACCCGGAUGUGUUGGAUAAUUUCCCAGAUGCAUCCAUUGACGAAUUCGAAGAAAUCCAGCUGGAACAGAGGACAUCAGUAACGACAACCGUCAGUUCGCCAAUUUUCGGAGGAUUAUUGAAACGGAACCAUGGGAGAGGAAAUAUCAUAUGGGACAUGAUAGGAUGGGGACUAAUGAAACAUGGUAAGUCACCCGAUGAAAAAUGUUUAACACACAAUGGCGUCAACAAAGCAAUAACACUCGAAGCAUGCGAUCCUAAUUGGAUCAAAUGUCAAACAAGUCUACAAAAAUUAUUAACAAGUAAUGACCCCUUGGUGCAAUCACAGACAACCGUGGCUAACUGUAGCGAAGCCUCCAGCAAGGGCCAAGCCUUCGAAUAUUCCUCCGACUUCACGAUAAGACCAUUUAACACAAACAACUGCAUUAAAGCGAACACAACGAUGCUCAUCCUGUACGAAUGCUCAGAUAAAAGUUCCAUCUGGGGAACAUUCGAUCACACAGGACAAUUAAUGGCAAGUGAUAGAACAGGACUUCAUUCAGGCGCUUCGGACCGGAAAUGCCUAACAAGACGGGUCGACAAAUUAUCGUUGGGACACUGUCAUGGAACAAGCCAGAAACAACAUUUUAGUUUCGAGUACAGAAACCCACAUCAACCUAGAACAUUGUCGGCAGCAGCAAUAAUAUCUCUUCAUACUCAACACGCCUUAUUUGGAAAAAAUCUACCAAUCUUGCCACCAUUUAACCAUCGUGAUCCAAAGGAGAUUAACUAUAAAACAAACGCAACGGAAGAAAUAACUAAAAAUUCAACCAUAACGACAAAGUCAGCAACAUCUAUGACUGCUACAACAGAUAAAUCAGUCAUACCUUCCAUUGCAGCCACAGUAACAACAAUAACGGUCUACCAAAAAUCCACUGAGGAGCUAAGUUUUUUGAUAAAAUACGAGCUUGGAAAAAUGCACGAGCAAUACAAAAUCAGUAUAGAAACUGAACACGACAAUAAAUUGGCAAAGGAAAUUCGGGAUGUGUACUGCCAGUUAUCAAAGAUAAAACGAAAGCAAGCCAUAAUCUUAGCCCAAAUAAAUGGAUUGCUUGCAGCCGCUGCACUCGGACUUCCAAUGUGUACAAGGAUAAAUGGUUUUUGUCAGGCUAUGACAUUGCAACAAUGCGACCCAAAAAGGAUAUCACUAUCAGCAAAAGAGACCAAGUGUGGGUUCCAGCCAUUUUUCGUUUACGGAAAAAACAACUGUACGAUCGGACUCGACGGAUGGUCUAUUCACCCGUAUUCGGAGUUUUUUUGGAAAUCACAAUUGAUAAACAUCAACGGAUAUCCUCAUACGUGGCAACAUAACGCAACAGCAGGAGACUGGAUUAAACAAGAGGCGACCAUACACACCUCAAAUCUGGAUUUAAUUGCAGAAUUCGAAGAACUGCACUUAAACAGUUUCGACUAUGGAUUAAGGAACCACCCAGCUCAUGGAACAAUGGAAAUGGAACAGCUGAACAUCCUAAAUGACCUGGUGGGACGAAUUAAUGAAGGAGAAGGCAAAGAGUUACCUAACAUCCUAGUAACAGAAGAACAGGACAAUCAAAUCGGAAACAUGUUUUCCUGGUUUGACACAUUAAAAAUCAUGGCUCUCUCCGCGAUAGGAUUCAUCCUAUUUCUCAUCUGUCUAAGAAUUUUUAUUGCCUGUAAUCCUAUUCCACGGAUUAAAGAAAGCUUCAGACGACGCAAGCAAUCACGUAAAGUGAGCGAAAGUGAUAUUCAAGAAAUGGAUUCCAUGAUACCAGAACCCAUCUACAGCGCUGGAGGAGCAAAUGAAACACCGUUUAUUAGGGAAUUUGCACCUUUAAUGACUGAUGAAAUUUUGAUGACUUGGAUUGAAGAAGAUACCCCGCAAUUGGAAAUAAGUGAAACGCUACCAACAGGAAACGACUGGGAAGACGAACUCUUAGCUAAUCUAAUGAGUAAUGAAGCUAAAGGUGAGAUACAAAUUAGUGCGAACGCAAGUGAAAGUAUGCAGGUAUCACGGAAUAUAAAUAUGGAAGAAGACAUAACAAGAUACAGCAAUAGUGACAGUGAUUGUGAAUUUAUGCAAAAGAAAAGAUACAGCAAUAGUGAAAGCGAUUGUGAAUUUAUGCAAGAGAAAAGUUCUAUAUCACCAUCAGAAACGGAAGAAGAAGAAACAUAA